AACGGCGUGCUUCCAACCGCAGGGGUCAUCGGGAUUGAUAGGGAUGUUUCCAUCAUGGCGGCAUACAUUUCAGGUUAUACUUUUAGUUCUGUGUGUUAUCACAGCGCCAACAGCAACGCGGAUCAUGAGGGCUUCCUAUUAGGAGAUGUAAGGCAAGAAGAGACUGUGAGCAUCAGUGACACACAGAUCAGCAGCGCUGAACUGCUACAGGUAGUAGAAAUCCAUCACCAUGAUCCUUGUGCACAGUUGUUUAGCUUUUAUGACUACGCAGGUAAAAUCAAUGAAGAAAGUCUCAACAGCAUUCUUAAAGAUAGACGGAAAAAUGUCAUUGGUUGGUACCGGUUCCGAAGGAAUACGCAGCAGCAGAUGUCGUUCAGGGAACAGAUCAUCCACAAACAGCUGACCCAGCUGCUCGGUGUACCCGACCUCGUCUUCCUUCUUUUUAGCUUCAUCUCCACCGCCAACAGCUCCACACACGCACUGGAAUAUGUGCUCUUCAGACCUAAUCGAAGUAGGUACAACCAGAGGAUUACACUCUCAAUCCCAAACCUUGGUAACACGAGCCAGCAGGAAUACAAAGUCUCUUCAGUUCCCAAUACCUCACUUAACUACGCAAAGGUCAUUAAAGAACAUGGGGCUGAAUUUUUUGACAAAGACGGUGUGAUGAAGGAUAUCCGAACAAUAUUCCAAGUCUACAGUGCACUACAAGAUAAACUGCAGGCUGUUUGUGGUGAAGUGGAACAAAGUGAGCGUGUUAAAGAGAAAAUUCAAGAGGAAGUGAACAAACUCAAACAACAAAUUGCUCUCAGGAAACGCAAGACUGCAGAAGAGGAGAGAAGGCUCCGUGAAGCCCAAAAUGCAGACUCCCAUUCCACUCCAGAGGAGAACACAGAACCUUGUGAGGGUUCUCCGCUGUCUGGGAUAGCUUUCCCCACACCCUCUGCUCCGGAGCGGCCCAGUACCUCACCUAACCCACCAUCUUACACUGACCUCAUGUCCCAAGAUGACUCUCUCCUGCCCUCUUCUUCCCCCCCUACUAGUGCUGCUCUGUUACCCCGACCCCAAGCUGUGGGCUCCCCAGGACACCCUACCCCUGGCCCUACGGUGAUGGGCUUGGGUCUUGGCCACGGGCUGGGCCUGGGCCUCAGCGCAAGUUCAAAUCCCGUUACCACUCCCAGCACUCCGUACCUUGGCAAUGGUGACGGCUCAAGCUCUGACUCGUUAGACAGACAAGCUGCAGGGCAGGAAGACGAUGAGGAGGAGGACGACGAGGACGAGGACAGUAGCGAAUAUGAGAACUUAGUGAGCGAAGGUGCUCACCUGCCAAUGGUCUCUGCCAGCGUUUUAGCUCAAGGUCGACCAGCUGCCCUCAGCCCUGACGGGGAUGCUCAUGGCUCGCAGGCCACAUAAAAAUUUUUUAAAAAGCCACAGGAUGUGUAAGGGACACAAAUAUGUGACACACCUUGAGAGGUGGGCAUCGAAAGCAAUCAAAGAUGGGCAAAUACAGACAAAAAAAAAGUGCCAGUCCUGAAAGUGAAAGGCAUGUGCAAGUGAUGUCCAACUGUGUGUAUUCUUGUCUUAGUCUGAUCUCCAUUUUAAGGGGAAACCUACUAGGCUUUGCAGGCUUAAACAGGUGCAUCUCACUGGGUGAAAAGUCAUUUGUCUUUAUGUUUUGUUUCAAAGUGGGCCGGUUUUGAUAUUUAAGUGUGGCGUUGUUGGAUUUCAGGGCGAGCAGUGAAGAUUUAAACAUUAUUCAGGCCAACUGGUUGGCUAAGAGAUUAGCCCAUGCUUUCUGUAUGUUAAGUGUAUAUCUUUUUGUUUCAAAUUUGGAUCACUGACUUUAAGCACCCACUCUUACAUUACCUCUUGCACUAUUUUUGUUUUCUUGCUUUCUUCUACACAAACCAACUAUGAGAAUGAAGGGAAAAUAUUCUGCGGCCUUCAAACAAUUUUCAGUGAAGUAGGCAAAUGGUUGUUUACUUUUUAAUUUUAAGAAAGAAAUAUAUAUGUAACUAGAAUUUAUUCAAUGUGCACAUUUUGUCUUUUCGAUUUUCAACUUGUUAGUGUCUUUUCCAUGUUUCACGGUCUUUAAUUAACCGUACUGUUGCCUAUUAAAAUAAUGAUUAGAUUUCAAACAAAAUUUACUCUGCCACUUCUAGGAUGGGUGCUUUUAUAUAUAUAUAUAUAUUUUGUCAGAUUAACAGUUGAUCUUAUUUGACUGACAGUGUCAAUGUCUCGUUCUUCUAGGAUAACACUGAAAUUGUAUGCGCUUUGCUGCACUUAACAAAAUUUUAGAUUUCUUUAAUAAUGUGCUAUACCAAUGCUGACAUGUUGUGCCACUUGAGUAGUCCUCUUUGACCACCCUGAGCCAAAAUUAGCUCAGCUUAUUUGCAUUGUAUGGGGUUCACAGGGCAAACAGUGUACUGUAGCUUUACUAACCAGAUGCUUAUGGUUCCCUUCUGCUGCUGCAUCACACACAGAGAGCUGCCACUAAAAAAGAAAAAUUGCAUCCAUCUGUACUUCAUAUAAAAACCUGGCUGCUGCUUCCACUUUACAGUGCUGGUUUUCUCAAUACUACUGACCAUGUUUGUGUUCAUUUAACCACUUUGAGCUUACUUCUUACUAAUAUGUUCUUUAUUAAAAUCAUAAUGGAAUUAUGGCUGGCACCCCUGUACAGUGUGAAUUGCAACUUUGGGAACAGAGACUGAGCAAUCACCUUCACGUUUUUGCAUAGUUGAAUGCAGACCUCAUGUGUUGUGACCUGCCUGAUUCAGUGUAAAGUAUAAGGACCUGGUUUAAUGUGAUGAAAACAUCAUGACCUUGCUUCAGUGCCUUCCACUCAGGGCAGUUUCAGUCUGCACACAAAACACAUUCACAGACCUCUCUUUGGGGGGAAAAGU